CGGCACUCACUGUGGGGCUUCAUGGAGUUUGCAGGGCAGCUAAGACCUUCCGAGGCCUGUAACUACCUCGCAGUCCCAGGCCUCUCCGGCUUGGACCCAGAUGAAGAUGAGGGCGAUUUAGUUGUCGGUUUCAGACCUAAAUCCUCCCCCAUACCAUCCAGAAGGAGCUCGUUCUCGGACGAGGACUCGGAUCCCGAGCCUCCUUACUGCAGCUCCCGGAGGGUGUCGUUUGCCGAUGCCAAAGGCCUCAGUCUGGUGCAAGUGAAGGAGUUUGACACGUGGGAUGUACCCAAACUACCGGGAAGCGACUCCUUAGUUGUCGAGGGUAAAGAUUCAGUGGAAUAUCACCUCUCGCCUUUAACUUUCUCCCUUCCACUGCCUUCCGAAGAGGUGCUUGCCAAAGUAUUGAGUCAGAAAGUAGAAUUGGAAACAAUUGGGUUACUUCCAGGGACCACGAUACUUAAAGGAGUGAUCCGCGUUCUCAACAUCUCCUACAACAAGUCUGUCUACAUAAGAACUUCUUUGGACAGGUGGGCCACCCACUUUGACCUUCUGGCAGAGUAUGUCCCCGGCUCCAGCGAUGGAGUGAUGGACAGCUUCUCGUUUAAGCUUACUUUGGGGCCACCUUUCGGGGAUCAGGGAGUCAGGGUCGACUUUUGUCUGCGGUACGAAACUCCCGUGGGGACAUUCUGGGCUAACAAUAACAACAGAAACUACGUGCUCUCCUGCCAGCGCGGCAUGAAAGGGGGAGCAGAGAAAGCACAGAGGGAAAAUGCAAACAAGAAAAGCUGCCUGAAGUCCGUCAGUCAGAGUGUCUCCACUGUGGAAAACAUUUCAUCAAACCCAGCUUCAACUCAGGAAAACAUGUCAACAGAUGAGUCUGUCCAGGGAUUGGAGGUGGGAACUUUGGAAACCAAGAAAACCUCUGAAGGACAAUCAACAACUUCGACCCGAGAGGGACAGAAACUACUGAUGGAGAACAAACAGAACAGCAGCAGAAGAAGGCAAAGACAAGCGGCACGGAUGGCCAGACUGAGGGACUGCUACACCCAAAGAGAUGGAGGAGCAAAUGACCCUAGCAAAGACAAAGCCCCCCCAGAAACAGAGCAAGUAACUCGCGAAGAAACCCCAGGAGACAAUGUUGUCGGUUUGCAGCCGUUUAACGAGGGACAAGUUAAGUCAGAAUGUCCUAAGUUUGUUUUUGAGGCCCUUGAAGAAGCACAUGACCGGACAUCCACCAAGCAAGUGAAAUCUGACCUGGCUGUAUUAGCGCGAGGCGAGAGUGUUCCAGAUGUCUCAAACAACCCCCUGGAUUCAGACGGUGAGCCGGCCCCAGAAGAACAGCAAAAUAUCGGCAAGUUUGUCACCACAAAUCAGGAUGGAGACGUGAGUUUACCAUGCACUAGCAACUCAGUAACAGCGAGGAGCGAAACCCUCAUUAGUCAGAGCGACAGUUUCACAUUCGGCACAGUGGUUGCUGCACCGUACUGCCAGGCAUUUCAGAGGGUGUCAGCUGAAAACCCUGUAAAUACUGAAGACUUCAGCCUUCCCUCUGAACCCACACAGACCUGUGGCAUUGUUCCAGUUAGCACUAGAAGUAACAUGGGCAAAGUGCAGGGAGAUCUGACCAGCACUCAGGGACCAAGUGAUGAAAGCUUGUCUGUCAAACUGGUCAGUCCAACCUCUGAAGAAAAAAAGACCUCGAAUAAGAGCCCAAAGCAUUUGGACAUUGUGGAGAAUCCAACUGAGAUGGAAAAGAAAUCUAACCAAUCUUUGGGUCAACAAUGUCCUGUGGAAGACAAUGUGCUGUUUGAGAGUGUGAACUCCCAGACAGAAGCACAGGAGGAAAUUUUGGCCUAUGAAGCACCACAGUGUCAGUCAACAGAGACAAUGUUUUCCCUCAGUUCAGCAAAGGUAGAGGAAACCCUUGCAAAGGAUGAAAGUAAAGAGGAUCUCAAAGAUUUUUGGAUUAUGCUAGAGCAUAUAGACGAAGAGGUGGACCUACUGGUCAAUGGUGUCCAAGAGAAGAUUUGUGAGAGUGCAGAGGUCAGCAAGGAAAGUGAAAGUAGGAAAACUGCUUUGGUGAAAGAUAAACUUCUCCAGAUAUUCGAUGAAUUGAAUACCAACCUGACUGACAGCAAAGUUUGUCUGAAUAGUCUCGUCUAUCUUUGUGAACCAGAGAGAACGAACCUAACAUCACUAGCUGCAUCUUCGGAAACUCAAGAAGAUGCAAAAGAAACAAAAGCUGAAGGUAAUGAUAGCAACAUUGGUGAGAUCAAGGAAAUGUAUGAUGUCACUCAAUCCAUCAUAAAUGACGUUAGAAGUAACAAUGAAUGCCAUGCCGAUAUGUUUAAAAGACAUAAUCAUCAAAAUGUUGUGGAAGAGACAGGGCGAUGUGAAAUGGACUCCUCUUUCUUAAAACAAGAUGAAGAUUUCCUUUUCAUAGACAUUGUAGAGGAGAAAAACUGGGAAAAGAUGGUUGAAGAGGAGGAAAACUGUGUCUUAUCAAAUGAAGAAGAAAGGGAGCUGCUACAUUUAACAACAGAGACCAAUGAAACUGAGGAGAAAGUAGAGGAAACAACAGAGGUCAAGGUACACAUUGCUGUGGUGUUAGAGAGUCAAGCAUGCCUAGGAAAGGAAUUCAAGCAGGUUAAGGCCAUAAAGACAGGUGGAACAGAAAGUACUGAAGUAGACAAAAUAGAAGGGCAAGAAGUAGCAGAGCAACAGAAUGAGACAGAGAGACAAUGGAUGAGUAUGGAAAGAGCAAGGCUCAGAGAGGAAGAGGAAAAGAUGGAAACAGAUAUGAAGCAGGAUAUAAUAAUCCCAGCUAGAGAAGCAGAAGAGCUUGUAGUUACAGAUGCAGACUCAGACAUGACAAAGCAAAACAACGAGGAUGAACCAGGGUCUUUUAAAGUAGGGUCAGACAUCACACAAAACAAGGUUGAAGAUGAUUUAUCUACUCUAGUGAGCAGAGCAACGAAGAACUGUCCAAAUGAGAGGCAAUAUGCGUCCAUCCAGACGGAUACCCUACGCAAGAAGGACGACCAAUCAAACACGGACACCAAGCACCUUACUUCCAAAGGUGGUAUGUGCGAUUCAUUGGAGGAACCUGACAGCGCUUCUGCAGAGUCGGAUUCAGACGAAGAGCUGCGUUUGUAUGUGCACUGCCUGAGGGCACCGCAGGUCCACACAGACAAGAUCAGAGAGGCGGGGUUCACAGCACGCAAGAGGCCCUCUAUAAGCCGAGGCAAAGUGCUGUCAACAUCCAUGCCGUCCAUCAGCGAAGCUCUGGACGAAGAACAGCAGCACAGCAGCCCUCUGGAGACUUACGAGGUUGUAAAAACAGCUGCUGAGCCAAGAGCCAAUACACAGGAGAGUAUACACCAAACUGAGUGGAGGUGGAAAGACUUGUUUUCUUGCGACAAGGUCUCUAAGACAUUGCUGUAUGCCUCCUUAAUGGUUGGGUUUACAGUUGUGGCGUAUCAUUAUGAUUUCCUUGCCUGUUUCUUGCUUUACUUGAUAUCAGUCAUCUGGCUGUGCUGUCAAAGAGAGAGAGAACCCAUUAAAAACAAGUAAAGAAAUUAAUUACACUGUAAAAAAAAAAAAAAAAAAAGCAGAUUUGAGUGUGUUUCAAAGAGACUCCUGGGCAUUAAACCUUAGAUAUGAGAAUAAUUCCUGAGUUUUCCCUAUGGGAGGAUGUGUAGAUUCUGUUGUCAAGAGUAUAAACAAUUAGCUGUAACCCAAACAGAAAAUUAGGUAUUAUUAGUUCUGAACGGCAUGUUGGGGUGUAAAUAAAAGUUACAUGUUUGCUGUGUUGGGCUGUGGAAUAAAACCUAUAGUAAGAGGGUAAUAAAUUACAUAAAUGCUACCUAUUUGUGUGGACAUUUUUAACCCUUUAAUUGUCACGAGGACAUCGGUGUCCACAUGGAUCCAUUAUAUAACAUGUAAGCAUUUUCAAGGUGACAGUAAAUGUGUAUUGUAAAGGGUUAAAGAGGCAAUCUCAUCUCACUUAAAGUUAACUACAACCAAUUUGAGAAGUACAGCAGACUUGUGGAAGCAGAUUCCCCAAUUAGAUAAGACCAAAUGUUUCUGGCCUAAAUGUUAUGGGAGGUAGAAAAACAAAACUGUACAGUUAUACUGUCAAGAAAAAAAAAUAAAUUAAGCUACCAUUACUGUUGAGCCUGUCAUGGGAAACCUGCAUCCUUGGUGUUUAACAGGGAAAGUGGCAACCAGACACCGAACUUGGUUAAUUAUUCAUCACUGUGAACAAAGCAGUAGUGUUGGACUCGCGUUGGACUUGUGUGUUGACACUAUCUCAGGAAGGAAAAACGUCAUCAGUGAUCUUAGAGAAACAAGUGAUGCUGCCCAUCAAGACUGAAAGGCUGGGUCCAAACAAAGUGGAGUGCUUCCACAAGACAUUUCACCUUAAGGAAAAUCAUUCACAAGCAGAAAACAAUCCACUAGUCUUUACAGCACUAGAUGUUUCUAGCAAAUACUUCCCAAGAUCAGACACUGUAACACUUGGAGAAAUUACAAAUAAAAGACCCAUGGGCAAUAUUUGAGACUCUGUGGUCACCAUAAGUAAGGUUUGCAAUAUUGCAUUUGACUGAAAAUGUAAAACUGAAUGAAAGACAUUUGGGGCAACGUUCUUUAGGCAGAUGAUCCCAAAGACAUAUUCAAAGAGAUAUUCAAUCAUAAUGCACAGUGGUAGAAUCCAAAGACAGCAUAUCAACACAAACAUCUCAUAUCACCUGCUAAGCAUGGCUCCAUUACUGUAGUGAUAAUAAAUAAAACACACUGUACUAGAUAAAACCCAGCAACAAAAUACAUUUUGCUAUUUGACAAGGGGUGUUUUUUCCCCCCCAAGUGUAACAUACAUUCAUAAUAUGUGACUGUAUGCAAUAUUUUAACCCAAGUUUCAGUCAAAGGAAUGAAAAUGUUCUCAAUUAAUGAUGCCAACCAAUAGAAUAACAUAAAAACCAAUGCAUCAUCUUUACUCAACAUACACAGUCAGAGCUACAGUAGGGGACCUCAACAGCUUCGUUCCAGGGAGUCCAUUUGGAUUCAGAGCUCAUAUGCGCAGCUAAAUAAACAGCAUUGUGGCCAUCAUGUGUUGAGAGUUAUUUUGAGGGUGAGGAAUAGUUUCAAACUGUCAAGGGGAUUUUAAAAGAAUUUAUGACUGCUGACAUUUUGUAACGCAGCUAGAGUCGGCCUUCCUUUGCACAAAAUCACAUUUAAAUGUGGAAGAAAGUGGGAAAAAAAUCUAUUUUAAAUCCAACUUUGUUCUCAUUGUUUAUGGCCAUUUUCAGGAAUGGUAAUUAAAAUUUGUUCAUAAUGCAAUGUACUUGACAAGUUAAAACGUUUUUGUGACUAUUGUACAAGUUUUGAAGUUUUAAAUUCAUGUUUUUUUCCAUAUAGAGUGAUACUCUCUCUACAGUCCUGUGGGUGAAGCAAUCCCCAGUUUGUCACAUUGUUAUAUCUUCAAGGAUUCAACUUCAUCAAGGUCUGAGUCUCCGAAAAGGAUCUCUUUGGAAACCACUUCUGCUGGGAUAAUGCAUCACUUCCUGUUUCCAUUUUACUUCCUGUUUGUCCUCCCAGUUACUCACCUUCCCGUUUAAAUCUGUUUGAAGAAGCUACCCAUCUUACACAUUCUAAUAUUUAUUAAUUAAACUUGUUUAACCUUUUCUGAGGUUUGGUAUGAGUUCUGGGUGUGAUUAGUACAUCCCUUUUUACAAUGAUACAUUGAAGUAAAAGUAACUUUCUGUUGUUUUUCUAACAAAUUUUCUGGCUGUUAUUGUCAUUCAGAGCCUUAGAAACGUUUUCAUUC